AUGGCCGGAGAGAGGCCCCGCCUUCGGAAGGGGGAGGGCACAAGAGAGCGCGCCCCGCAGGAAGCCUGGGGGAUUGCCCUCAUGAGGAGCCAAAGCGGGGAACCCCCAAAUGGGUGGUGCUUGCGGCGCGGUGGGCGGGAGUCGCAGCUGGCGGUGGAGCUGGCGGUGCCCCAGACGGACGUGGCAAUGGAUGAAGAUGUCCCUCUGCAGGAAGAGUUUCUGGCCUGCCACGGAGCCGAGACCCAAGUCCUGAAGUAUGGACCGUGGAGCGACCUGUCGAGCCCCGGCUCUCACGGCAGCCCCAAGCUGCUCGUCCUCGUCGUUGUAGGUAACCCCGGCAUUCCCGCCUUCUACCUGUCGUUCGCCAAAGCUCUGUACCUUACCCUGGAGAAGCGCCACCCGGUCUGGGUCAUCAGCCAUGCUGGCCAUGUGAUGGCCCCCAGUGGUGUCAAGGUGACCAAGGAGAGCCCCGAAGACCCUGGUUCUGGGACAACAGAUGAUGUCUUUGGGCUGGAGGGCCAAGUGGAGCACAAGCUCGCCUUCCUGAGGCGGUACGUGCCGGGGCCCCAGAAGCUGGUGCUCAUCGGUCACUCCAUCGGCGCAUACAUCCUGCUGGAGAUGAUGAAGAGAGCCCCGCAGCUUCCGGUGCGUACACUCCUGUAUUGGCGGCCGUCGUGA